UCUCACAAUAAUUGGACCAAACGAGAGUUAUAAAGUAUCUGAGUAGGUUGCUAAGUGAAAUUCUCAGCAGGAAUAAUGCGUUGGAGCCCAGCUAUCGCAAUCGUUUUUACACUAGCGGUGAUGGUACGAAGCGAAAUAGGCUCGUGUCCCCCAACACUGCCGGUGGACAUCUGCGAGGGACAGUGCAGCCUCAGCCGACCCUGCGACGGGAGCCAGCUCUGCUGCCCAACAGCAUGCGGUGGUUCUAUGUGCGUCGACGCGAUGACUAGGCGACAUUUUGUCAAUUUCGUGAAGAAAGGUCGAUGCCCAGAGUUCCCUCGCGGUGUGUGGGUGUGCACACACACAUGCACCGGGGACUCGGACUGUCCCAGAGCGUUGAAAUGCUGUCCCAACCGCUGCGGAGCGCUCACUUGUCAGAAGCCAGAAGCUGACGAGGAGGCAACAUAAUAAAUAAAAAAAAAUGACUAUUUCUGUAAUUUUAUACUUCCGUUCAAAUAGUAUAACAACUGUAUACAAAAAAUCGCGAUAGAAUAAAGUUAAAGUCAAAUACAUGACUUUACAUCUAAUGGUUGCGGAUUCGAUUCUCUGACGGUACAAAUAUUUGUAUACAUGAGUAUGAUUGUUUGUUUUAAGUGUUUUCUAGGUACAUUGUG